AUCAGUCGCCAUGGCCAGAACCAAGCAGACCGCUCGUAAGUCCACCGGAGGCAAAGCCCCCAGGAAGCAGCUGGCCACCAAGGCCGCCCGGAAGAGCGCCCCGGCCACCGGCGGAGUGAAGAAGCCUCACCGCUACAGGCCCGGUACCGUGGCUCUGAGGGAGAUCCGCCGCUACCAGAAGUCCACGGAGCUGCUGAUCCGCAAGCUGCCCUUCCAGCGGCUGGUGAGAGAAAUCGCUCAGGACUUCAAGACCGACCUGCGCUUCCAGAGCUCCGCCGUCAUGGCCCUGCAGGAGGCCAGCGAGGCUUACCUGGUGGGGCUGUUCGAGGACACCAACCUGUGCGCCAUCCACGCCAAGAGGGUCACCAUCAUGCCCAAAGACAUUCAGCUGGCCCGCCGCAUCCGCGGAGAGAGAGCUUAG